AUGAAGCUCUCCGUGGGACUGUUUACCCUUGCAGCCACUGCUAUGGGCAAGGAGCUGUGUGCCAAAUACGACAGCGCUACGAGCCCCCCAUACUCGGUCAACAAUAACUUGUGGGGGGAACACCAAGGUACUGGCUCUCACGACGGUGGUGCGUCAUGGCACACCAAUUGGACCUGGAACGGCGGUGAGGGAACGGUCAAAAGCUACUCUAACUCCGGUGGCAACUUUGAGAAGAAGCUCGUGAGCGAUGUGAGAAGCAUCCGCACCGGGGUGGUAUGGAUGCAGGAUAAUGAAAACGUCGAGGCCGAUGUCGCGUACGAUUUGUUUACUGCGGCAAACAUAGACCACGCCACAUCCAGCGGUGAUUAUGAACUGAUGAUUUGGCUUGCCCGCUACGGUACGGUACAGCCCAUCGGCAAGCAGAUUGGCACAGCCACGGUGGGAGGCAGAUCCUGGGAAGUGUGGUACGGUACCAGCAUCCAGGCCGGUGCCGAGCAGAAGACGUACAGCUUCGUGGCAGGGGCCCCAAUCAAGACCUACAGGGGCGACCUCAAGGCGUUCUUUGACUAUCUCUCUGAUACGCAGAGCUUCCCCGCCACUACCCAGUACCUGAUUAAUCUGCAGUUUGGAACAGAGCCGUUCACCGGCGGUCCCGCAAAGUUUACGGUGUCCAACUGGACCGCCAGUGUGUACUAA